GACGAUUCCUGCCAGGAAAAAAGCUGGACCGGUGCAUUUUUUUAUCAUUAUUAUUAUGAUUUAUUUUGAUUUUUGAUUUUUGGGGGUGGCGGUGGUGUAUUGCCUAGCUGCCUGCUGAGAUGAGCUUCGGUGCCUGGCUGUAGUUGCCCACUUUGGGAUCGCUGGACACAUAAGUGGCAUUUCGGUGGGGGGAAGCCUGCAGACAUGUGAGAAUGGCUGGACCAUUGCAGUGGCGCACUGAUUUUUGUGGAUGGUGAACACAAAAAGGGGAUUGAGAAGAGACCACCCAAGUUAUUCUGACACAUGACUUGAGUGCUUUCUAUUCUUAGACAAAUGAGGAUCUGAAAUAUGUAAACUGAGAAUCACACAUGUUCAAGUCUAAACAGUAUCCUACAAGAAGUAUUUGAUGUAUUAUUCCUAGAUAUAUCUGAGAAGGUUAUUCCGAUCUGACCACCACACAGACGUCAUUAUUUUAAUGUUGAAUAUUCAGACAAGGGUGCCAUGGAUGUAAAAGAAAGGAAACCGUAUCGAUCUCUGACUCGGCGCCGUGACACUGAGCGUCGCUAUACCAGCUCUUCAGCCGAGAGUGAGGACAGCAAGGUACCCCAGAAGUCCUACAGCUCUAGCGAGACCCUGAAGGCUUAUGAUCAAGACUCCAGGUUGACCUACAGCAAUCGGGUCAAAGACAUGGUGCACCAGGAGGCAGACGAAUUCUGCCGAACAGGAGCCAACUUCUCUUUGAGAGAGCUGGGUCUUGAAGACGUGACACCCACUCAUGGGACUUUGUACCGGACUGAUAUCGGGCUGCCUCACUGCGGCUACUCCAUCAGCGCUGGCUCGGAUGCCGACACGGAGGCAGACGUGGUCAUGUCACCUGAGCACCCCGUGAGGCUCUGGGGACGCAACACCAAGUCUGGACGCAGCUCCUGCUUGUCAAGCCGGGCCAACUCCAACCUCACCCUCACCGACACAGAGCAUGAGAACACAGAAACCGAUCAUCCUCCAAAUCUUCAAAAUCAUUCGAGACUUAGAACUCCACCACCUCCAAUAUCACAUGCUCACACUCCAAAUCAACAUCACGCGGCCUCUAUCAAUUCCCUAAACAGAGGGAACUUCACUCCAUGCAGCAACCCCAGCCCAGCUCCUACAGACCACUCUCUUUCUGGGGAACAACCAGCCAGCACCCAAGAGCCAGCCCAUGCUCAGGACAACUGGUUACUUAACAGUAACAUCCCGCUGGAGACUAGAAACAUAGCAAAGCAGACAUUCCUAGAGACAUUGCAGGACAACCUCAUUGAGAUGGACAUUCUCACCUCCUCUCGACAUGACGGUGCUUACAAUGAUGGGCACUUCCUGUUCAAACCUGGAGGCACUUCUCCCCUUUUUUGUACAACGUCGCCGGGAUAUCCCUUGACGUCCAGCACUGUGUACUCACCUCCCCCUAGGCCCCUUCCCAGAAGUACCUUCUCUAGGCCUGCCUUUAACCUGAAGAAACCCUAUAAGUACUGUAACUGGAAAUGCGCUGCUCUGAGUGCCAUCGUCAUCUCAGUCACGCUGGUGAUCCUGCUGGCGUAUUUCAUAGCCAUGCACCUGUUUGGCCUAAACUGGCACCUGCAGCCGAUGGAAGGGCAGAUGUAUGAAAUCACGGAAGACACAGCCAGCAGUUGGCCAGUGCCAACGGACGUCUCCUUAUAUCCUUCUUCAGGGGGCACAGGGUUAGAGUUACCUGACAGGAAAGGCAAAGGAACCAGUGAAGGAAAGCCCAGUAGUUUCUUUCCAGACGACACUUUUAUAGACUCUGGAGAAAUUGAUGUUGGCAGACGAGCCACGCAGAAGAUCCCUCCUGGUAUCUUUUGGAGAUCUCAGGUGUUCAUCGACCACCCAGUGCAUCUGAAAUUCAAUGUGUCUUUAGGAAAGGCAGCUCUGGUUGGCAUCUAUGGCAGAAAAGGCCUCCCACCAUCACAUACACAGUUUGACUUUGUCGAGCUCCUUGAUGGAAGACGUCUACUGACACAGGAGGCGAAAAGCUUAGAAGGACCUCAGCGGCAACACAGAGCUUUUGUGCCCUUGUCCAGCCAUGAGACAGGAUUUAUCCAGUAUUUAGAUUCAGGAAUAUGGCAUUUAGCCUUCUACAAUGAUGGCAAGGAGUCGGAAGUGGUUUCUUUUCUUACUACUGCUAUUG